AUGGCGGAUUAUCUCAGCCCCCUUCCUAGACGCCGGGGGUGCAGGUGGGAGUCUGCCGGCGAUCACAGGGGCGCGCUGGAGAGUGUGCCCGUGUCCCGCCGUGCGUGGGGCCGAUCGGGGCUCUUUGGGCUGCACCCAGAGGAAGAGGGCGGGGACCUGGUCCAGCCCGGCAUCAGCUUUCCGGGGCCAGCAGAGGAGGAUCUAGACCAGCAGUACUCAUGGUCCCCGACACAGCACUUCAACGAAGGAAGAUACUCCCCCGCUCCUAGGAACAUGAAGGGGCUACCCGGGGGCCGGACUCAGGCGCAGCUGUGUUCAGGCCACACGUGUGGCUUGGCGGCCCCCGAAGACUGCGAGCACGAGCACCUGCACCAUGGGCAGGAGGCGAGGCAGUCCUACCUGCUCAGCCCCGUGGAGAGCUGCCCCAUGGACCACCGCCGCUGCUCCCCCGGGAGCUCCGUCCACUCCGAGUGCAUGAUGAUGCCCAUGGUGCUGGGCGAGCACAUGUCCAGCAGCACCUUCCCCAGGAUGCACUACAGCUCCCACUACGACACGAGAGAUGACUGUGCCGCGUCCCACACCAGCACCAGGGCCAACCGCAUCCCCGCCAACCUUCUGGACCAGUUUGAGAAGCAGCUUCCUCUGCAUCGGGACGGUUUCCACACGCUGCAGUACCAGAGAACCUCCACGGCCUCAGAGCAGCGCAACGAGAGCCCAGGGAGGAUCCGGCACCUCGUGCACUCUGUCCAGAAGCUCUUCACCAAGUCCCACUCCCUGGAGGGCGCUUCCAAGGGCAGCGUCAACGGCACCAAGGGCGACAGCCGGCUGGAGGACCACCACCACGGCCACCCCCCCAAGCACGGCAAACGGAGUAAAAGCAAGGAGCGGAAGCCUGAGGGCAAGCACAGGUCGGGCGCGAGCAGCUGGUGGAGCUCCGACGACAACCUGGACAGCGACAGCACCUGCCGCACGUCCAGUGUGGCCAACAGGCACCACAUGGACCACGUCUCCCACUGCUACCCCGAGGUGCUCCCAGGCCCCUUCGGGGAUCUGUCCCUGAAGACGUCCAAGAGUAACAGUGACGUCAAGUGCUCAGCCUGUGAGGGCUUGACCAUGACGCCCGACACCAAGUACAUGAAACGGAGCUCCUGGUCCACGCUGACCGUGAGCCAGGCGAAGGAGGCCUACCGCAAGAGCUCCCUGAACUUAGAUAAGCCCCUGGUCCACCAGGAGGUCAAGCCGUCCCUGAGGCCAUGCCACUACCUGCAGGUGCCUCAAGACGAGUGGGCAGGGUACCCCACGGGUGCCAAGGACGAGGAGAUCCCCUGCAGGAGAAUGCGAAGCGGGAGCUACAUCAAAGCCAUGGGCGACGAGGAGAGCGCAGAGUCUGACUCCAGCCCCAAGACGUCCCCGACGGCGGCCAUGCGGCCGGAGCCCCUGCUCAAGCCCAUCGGACCCAGGCCACUGGCAGACCUCCAAACCCAGAGCUACCCGCAAGCUGCAAGCGACGUGCCUGCCAGCCACAGCCUGGACCCCUCGGCCAGCUACAACUCCCCGAAAUUCCGCUCCCGGAACCAGAGCUACAUGAGAGCCGUCAGCACCCUGAGUCAGGCCAGCUGUGUGAGCCAGAUGAGCGAGGCGGAGAUGAAUGGGCAGUUCGAGUCGGUGUGUGAGUCCGUCUUUAGCGAAGUCGAAUCCCAGGCCAUGGACGCCCUGGACCUCCCUGGAUGCUUCCGAACGAGGAGCCACAGUUACCUUCGAGCCAUCCAAGCCGGCUACUCCCAGGAUGACGAAUGUAUUCCGGUCAUGACGCCCUCCAACACCACCUCAACCAUCCGAUCCACAGCAGCUGUCUCCUAUGCGAAUUACAAGAAAACGCCGCCGCCCGUCCCCCCACGCACCACCUCCAAGCCUCUGAUCUCGGUGACCGCACAGAGCAGCACCGAAUCCACGCAGGAUGCCUACCAGGACGGCCGCGCACAGCGGGCGUCCCCGUGGCCCCAGGACAGCCGCGGCCUCUACAACUCCACGGACAGCCUGGACAGCAACAAGGCCAUGAGCCUUGCCCUGGAGACGGCCGCGGCCCAGCGCCUCGCCUCCGACGGCCAGAGCAGCUCCGCGCGGACCAGCGACAAGGCCGUCCUGGUGUCCAAGGCCGAGGACUUCCUCAAGAGCCGGCGCUCCUCCAUCGGGAUCCAGGAUUCUGAAUUCCCAGAGCAUCAGCCAUACCCAAGGUCAGAUGUGGAAACAGCCACAGACUCUGACACAGAGAGCCGAGGCCUGCGAGAAUACCACUCUGUUGGCAUCCAAGUGGAAGAUGAGAAGCGACACGGGCGUUUCAAGCGUUCCAACAGCGUGACCGCCGCCGUCCAGGCGGACUUGGAGCUGGAGGGCUUCCCGGGACACGUCACCAUGGAGGACAAGGGCCUGCAGUUUGGGCCCUCCUUCCAGCGGCAUUCGGAGCCCAGCACGCCCACCCAGUAUGGGGCCGUAAGAACUGUUCGGACCCAGGGGCUCUUCAGUUACAGAGAAGACUAUAGGACCCCCGUGGACACUGGCAGCCUGCCGCCGCCCGAUCCCUGGCUGGAGCCGUCCAUCGAGACAGCGGAGACGGGGAGGGUGUCUCCGUGCCGGAGGGACGGCUCGUGGUUUGCGAAGCUGCUGCACACGGAGACAAAGAGGAUGGAAGGCUGGUGCAAGGACAUGGAGAGAGACGCGGAGGAGAAUGAUCUCUCAGAGGAAAUCCUCGGUAAAAUCAGGAGUGCGGUGGGGAGCGCGCAGCUUCUGAUGUCCCAGAAAUUCCAGCAGUUUUACUGGCUGUGCCAACAGAACAUGGACCCCAGCGCCAUGCCGAGACCCACGUCCCAGGACCUGGCGGGCUACUGGGACAUGCUGCAGCUCUCCAUCGAGGACGUCAGCAUGAAGUUUGAUGAGCUGCACCAGCUGAAGCUCAACGACUGGAAGAUGAUAGAGUCUCCCGAAAGAAAGGAAGAAAGAAAGGUCCCCCCUCCGAUACCAAAGAAGCCCCCCAAAGGGAAAUUUCCCAUCACGAGAGAAAAGUCCCUGGACCUGCCGGACAGACAGCGUCAAGAGGCCCGUAGGCGGCUCAUGGCGGCCAAGAGGGCGGCGUCCUUCCGCCAGAAUUCAGCCUCGGAGCGUGCAGACAGCAUCGAGAUCUACAUCCCCGAGGCCCAAACGCGCCUCUAG